UAACCUCAAAACGUUUGCAUUAGGUUUUAUGUCAAACAACACGACUAAGUGAAUUUAUAAGUUAAAUAAUUAAUAAUUAUUGUCCAUAAAUUAUCAAACCAAAAUGUUUAUUCAAUUUGAAAGUGCAAGAGUAAAAGCAGCUCAAAGAGAAGCUAUUGAAAAGGCUCGUGAGAAUAUAUUAACAGAGGCAGAAGAAAAAUAUCACAGAAAAAGAGCUGAAAAAGAAAAGGCUAGACUACGCGGAGAUGACAAAUGGAUGCUGCCUUCAGUGGAGAAAAAUUUAUCAUCUGAAAAAUCUAAAAAAAAAAGAAAAAAGGAAAAGAAAGAGAAAAAAUCGAAAAAGAAAAAACAUAAAAAACAUAGCUCUUCGAGUUCUAGCGAUAGUUCAAAUGAAGAUGAAUGGGUAGAAAAAACAACGGAUACAAAAAAAGAAUCACCUUCCUCAUCAGCUGCUAACAAAUCUGAAAAACCACUUCAAAGAGAUGAAUGGAUGAGUCUUUCUGGAUCAUUUUUCUGUUCUUCUCGUGACAAGAAAUUACAGGAAAAUAAAGCAAAAAAUCAAGACACGUGUAUUCUCGAUAAACCAGGCCAAAGCAAUAAAGAAUUAAAUCCUUAUUGGAAAAAUGGUGGAACAGGAUUACCAAAGCAAGAAACAAGUUUGAAUGAAACAAAUUCAACAACUAUGAGUGCUGCAUGGUUAAAAAAAAGUCUUCAAAGGGCUCAAGAACAAGCUCAAGAAGAAGGAAAAAGUUUAGAGGAAAUUGCUCAAGAACGAUGGGGUUCUUUAGAAAUUAUUCAAUCUAUGAUUGAAAAAGCUGAAAAGAAUUGUAGAUCUUCAAAUUGGUCUAGGCAAACUCAGAGUAAUUAUAAAUAUAGUCAUAGAGAUUACAAGAACAACUAUGAUAAAUCACAUAGAAAUCGAAGUAGAUCUCGAUCUAGAAGUCGGGAAAGAUCAAGACGUAGUUAUCGGAGCAAAUCUAGAUCUAGAAGUCAGGAAAGAUCAAGAUAUAGCUAUCGUGAUGAUACAAAAAACUAUAAAAGUACAAAAUUAAAGUUUAAGAAACCUGAUGAAGAAAAUAAUCAAUCUAUAUCUUUAUCUGCACAAAAAUCAAGUUUAUCAAAAAAAAAUUGGAAAAAACCUCAACUUGAUGAAAAAAGUGCCUGUACAGAAGAAAGCAUUAAUUCUCAAGUAUCAAAAUCAACUUGCGAAAGAUCAGAAAGCUCUAGUGUGUCGGAAAAUUCGGAACCAGAAGAUGAGCCGCCAAUUAUUGCACCUAAAAUUUUAUCUGACGAUGAAUUAAAUAAACUAGCAGCUAAAAUUGUUAAAGCUGAAAUCAUGGGAGAUACAGAGUUAGCAGAAAAACUAAAAGAAGAAUUAAAAAAUGCCCAGGAAAUGAAGAAAAAUAAUCCUAAUCUCAAUGCUCAAGCAUUCAAGAGAGUAGAAGAAAAUGUUAUUUUAACGACAACUAGUUCGAAAGGAAUGACGAAACCAUUAGAGCCAAAAAGUCGUUACAAUGAGCCACAACAAGGCCGCAGAAAAAAUAAGAAAAUCAAUUCUUAUGAAGAUGGACAAAGAGUUCGUUACUUUGCAGAUGAUGAUAAACAUUCACUACGUGAUAUGUUUGAAAAAGAGAAAGGAUUUUCGAUAGAUCAGAAUGAUAAAGCAUUUGUUAAAAUGGCAUCUAAACAAAUGGAUAUGGAUGAGUUAUUUGAAGAACGCAUUACCCAUGAAGAAAGUGAUGCCAAACAAGACCUUAGAAAUAAAAUGCAUGCAAUUAAAGAACAUAAGAAAAUGGAAAAGACUUUAGAAAAUUGUCAUUGGUGUAUUGAUUCACGUGCGAUUCAAAAGCAUUUGAUUGUCGCUAUGGGAUCUAAAGUUUAUUUGAGUCUUCCUGCUCAUGAAUCAUUAACAAAUGGACAUUGUAUGAUAGCUCCUAUUCAUCAUUGUUCAUCACAAACUUUGAUAGAUGAAGAUGUGUGGGAAGAAUUGAAAAUAUUUAAAAAAGCUUUAAUUAAAAUGUUUACUGAUAGAAAUGAAUGUCCUGUGUUCUUCGAAAUUUUCAUGGGUCGACAUCGUUUUCCUCACAUGCAUUUAGAAUGUGUAUCACUCCCGGAAGAAGUGGGUAGUAUGGCACCAAUGUAUUUCAAAAAAGCUUUACUAGAAUGCGAAAUGGAAUGGUCAACAAAUAAAAAAGUUGUUGAAUUAAAUAAGAAAGACAUAAGGCAAGCUAUUCCCAAAGGCUUGCCAUAUUUUGCUGUUGAGUUUGGAGAUCAAGGAGGUUUUGCUCAUGUAAUUGAAGAUGAACAGCUAUUCCCUAGAAAUUUUGCUCAAGAAAUUAUUGGAGGUAUGCUUGAUUUGGGCUCUAGUAUAUGGAGAAAGCCGAGAAAGCAAAAAUUUGAACAACAAAAGCAGAAAGUAUUAGCUUUUGCAGAAACAUGGAAAAAGUAUGACCCUUCAACUAAAGCCUGUAUUAGCUAGCUCGGUUACAAGUAUACCUCCUUAUGGAAAAAGAAAAAAAUGGGUACCACGGAAACUAGAAGUAAUUUCAUGAUUCUUUCACAGUACAUAGCUCAGUACCCACUACAAAUGGGAUGGAAAGAGAAAAAAAUCAGCAACAAUUUAGCCGUUCAAUUAGACGCUCGAGGAAAAAUCAAAUUUGAUCUUAUUGCACGUCAGGGGCACUCCAAAAAUAAAAUUGUCAAAUAUGUAUUCGUCGGUAUCAGAAGAGUACUGAUUAAUAUUCAGCAGCACGUAAAACGUGCAAUUUACGAGCUCAGAGAUUUCGAAAUAAGUCAAGACGAGCCUGCAAAUGCUCGAAAACUAUUUGAACGUUUAUUAGACUGUACUAUUCAUGUUAAAAUAUGGAUAGCAUAUGCUAAAUUUAAAUUAAUUAAUGCUAAUUCGGAAGAAGAAGUCGAUAGUGUGGUGGCAGCAAGGCGAAUUUUUGAAAGAGGAAAUGGUGCUUUGCGAGCUAAUGGAGAGCGAGAAAACCGAGCUCUACUCCUUGAAGCAUGGCGAGAUUUUGAAAAUGAAAAAAAAGACGACCAAAGUCGUGCUAAAAUUGAAGAAAAAUGUAAAAAAAAACUAAAUACAUUCAACGAGUCGUUGGAGAAGAUAGUACUGAUGGUUGGACAGAAGUUUUUUAUUUUGAAUUUCCUGGAGACGCAUCUCAGAAACCAAUUCUCAAGCUUUUGUCUAUAGCUAAAGGAUAGACUGCACAAAAACAAUCAGAUAAAUCAUCAUAAAUGAUUGUAGAUCAUUGUAAAUAAAAUUGUAAAUGAAAUAAAAUGCAAGGAUUUAUAAAA